AACUUGUAAGAGCAGGAGAGAGAGAAGAGGUGCUUAACUCGAGUGUGUUGAAGAAAGGAAGGAGGAGUCUUCUCUGGCCGCUUCUUCUUUUCUUCACUGUGAUGGAAGGCGGCCUAGGCGAAGAGAUCACCACCACCACCUACAUCAUCGGUUCUUCUCCUCAUCCUCUUUCUGAUCCCCAUCUUGAUGGAGUAGAAGAAGAAGAAAUCUUAACCGCCGGAUCCCCAACUGAGUAUCUAGGGAUUCAUGAAGAAGUAGCAGAAGAAGCAGCGGCGCCUACUGUACUCGAUAACCCAUCCUCCUCAUCAUCAGAGAACAUCGCCCUUACUGAUGAACUCCGAGAUAAGAUCAUUAGACAGGUAGAAUAUUAUUUUAGUGAUGAGAAUCUGCCUACUGAUAAGUUUCUGAUGAAAUUCUUGAAGAAAAACAAACAAGGGUUCAUCCCUGUUGGAGUUAUUGCGUCGUUUAGGAAAAUGAAAAAGCUUACACAAAACAAUGAAUUGGUGGUGGCUGCUCUCCGGGAGUCAUCUCUGCUUGUUGUAAGCUCAGAUGGGAAGAAAGUAAAACGGGCUCGUCCUUUGCCUGUUAUAGAUGAUGUCAAGGAGGCACAGUCACGCACUGUUGUAGUAGAGAAUUUGCCAGCGAAUCAAUCAACAGAUAAUCUUCAGAAAAUUUUUGGCGAUGCCGGAAAUAUAAAGAGUAUCUGCAUCCGGGAUCCUCAUGACAUUGAAUCAACAAAGAGCACCAAAGCAGAAACAACUGUCAGCGGAAAGAUGCAUGCUCUUGUAGAGUAUGAGACAGUGGAGGCAGCUGAGAAAGCUGUAUCAACAUUAAAUGAUGAAAAGAAUUGGAGAAGUGGUAUGAGGGUUGAAAUUUUACUGAGUCGAAUGAGCAAGUAUGGGUUACCAAAAAGAAGUGGGAAAGGCCCUGAACACCCUGAGAAGAACAAUGACGCCCAAGUGGCUGAGCAGAACCGUAGUUCUCAUGAUCACCAUAAUGAGCAGCAACCUGGUGGUCAAGAGGAAGAAGAGCACUUACCAAGUGAGAAGCAGGGGCGAAAAAAUCGCAAUCGAGGCCGACCUAAGGCUCACAAACAGCACAAUGGGAGUGGUUAUGGUCAUGGACAUGGAUAUGCCCACUCUGCAACCGGAACUCAAGGUUUGAGUGUGAACAAGCCACCUCCUGGCCCGAAAAUGCCGGAUGGAACCAAGGGAUUCACCAUGGGCCGUGGUCGGCCUAUAGUAGGGUAAUAUCAUGCUAUGUUUGAAAUAUGCAAGUUUAUAUGAAAAAGGAGAGAAGUAUACAGGGAGGACAAAAAACUCGCACAAAGGAGAAGAAAAGAAAGGGAUUAUUUUUUUAAGAUUAACAUGUGUUAAGUAUUUAUCCAUCUGUUAAGUAUUGCAGCGUAAAGUGCAUUUGUGGUUUUCGUUUUUUUGGAUAGAGAACAUGACACAUUUGUCUUUUAGAUUUACCAGUGUGUGCUAGUUUUUGUCCUCUCAAGUUCAUGGAGUUCAUAGAAUUAUGGUCUUGAAUUCCGUCAGAGAUGAAGUUUCUGAUUCUCUAGGUACCAGUAUUCUGGGUUAAUCCAUCCUCAUUUGCAGAAA